UUUAUUCUGCCAGCGAUUGUGCAUACAGCGGGUCAACCACCUCGUACGCAUCGCGAAGGGCCAUCCGUAUUGGUAUUACUACCAACACGUGAACUGGCACAACAGGUUCAAGAAGUUGCGAAAGACUAUUGCAGAGCAAUGGGUCAAUCGCUGACUUGUCUCUUUGGUGGUGCACCGAAGGGUAAUCAAGCUCGUGAUUUAGAGCGCGGUUAG